CCCAGCCCUCCCGGCCGCCCGCCGGUGCCGGUAGAGGCGGGCGGAGCGGAGCGGAGCGGGCUGGGCCCGCUCGCAUCCCCCUGCAUCCCCCCGCCGGGCUCCGGCUCCGCCUCGCCGAGGGAGCGGGGAGCUGCCGGGCUGCCCAGCCAGGCCGGUAACCGGCAGCCCCGGAGCCGCCGCCGCCGCCGCCGCCGCCGCCGGAGCGACCUGGCCGGUCCCGCCGCCCGCCACCGAUGGCACCGCGCUGCCGCCUCCAAGGAGGAAGGUGCUGACCCGCUGCUCUGAAGCUCCAGGUUUUGCUGCCCACGGGCUCGGUGGGAUGGUGCCCGCUGGCCGAGAGCCCCCCGCGCCCCUCGUGGUGCCAACGUGACCACGCAGCUGGCCAGGACGCGUGGCACCGAGCUGGGCACGGGAGAGCGCAGCAGCUCGUGGCCCCCCUCCAUUUGGGGCCCACCGCCCCAAGAUGAGCGAUGGCGGGUGGAUCUCGCUCAGCCCCACUGAGUUUGCCCAGCUGCAGCAGUACACGGACUACUCCACCAAGAAGCUCAAGGAUGUCCUGGAGGAGUUCCACGGGGACGGCGUCCUCUCGAGGUACAACCCCGAACAGCCCAUCGACUACGAGGGCUUUCGCCUCUUCAUGAAGACCUACCUGGAGGCGGACGUGCCCGAAGAACUUUGCCAACACCUCUUCACCUCCUUCAAGCGUAAGAUAUGCCAAGCCUCCCCUGAGACCCAGCGCCAGAGCCCCGGCGUCUCGCAGCUCAACACCCUCGGGAUCAAUGGGAAAACGCUCCUAAGUGCCCUGGGACGACACACUCCUGAGCCCAAGAGCUGCCACAGCAACACGGCUGAGCCACAGCCGGCGUCCCUCACCCCGGCAUCGAUCCCCAACGCCUCCCCCAGCUGGUCCAGGUCAUCCUCCCAGAAGUCCACCACCGGCACCCCUUCUGCUCACAACUCUUCAGGCUCUUCAAAGAUCUCCUCCGGGUCCCUGCUCAGCCCUCAGUCACCAGGCACGCGGAAUGUGGAGAAGAGGUUGCCCUUCAGCCUGCGGAAGAGCCAUAGCUCCCUGAAAGCCACCCCUCCGCCACCCCCCACCCCCCUGGCCCAGGUGGUCCAUCUGAAGGACAUCGUCUGCUAUCUGUCCCUGCUGGAGAGGGGACGGGCGGAGGACAAGCUGGAGUUUAUGUUUCGCCUCUAUGAUACUGAUGGAAACGGCCUCCUGGACAGCUCGGAGCUGGAUCGUAUCAUCAACCAGAUGGUGCAUGUGGCCGAGUACCUGGAGUGGGACUCCACCGAGCUGAAGCCCAUCUUGAAGGCGAUGAUGGAGGAGAUCGACUACGACCAUGACGGGACCGUGACGCUGGAGGAGUGGAUCCGGGGUGGCAUGACCACCAUCCCCUUACUGGUCCUCCUGGGGAUGGAGACGAACGUGAAGGACGAUGGGCAGCACGCCUGGAGGCUGAAGCACUUCAAGAAACCCGCCUACUGUAACUUCUGCCGCACAAUGCUGCUGGGGGUCCGCAAGCAGGGCCUCUGCUGCUCCUUCUGCAAGUACACUGUCCAUGAGAGGUGCGUGUCCAAAGAUAUCGCCUCCUGCAUCAGCACUUACGUGAAAUCCAAGAGAAACACAAGCGUGAUGCAGCACACCUGGAUCGAAGGCAAUUCCCCCGUCAAGUGCGACAGAUGCCACAAGAGUAUCAAGUGCUACCAGGGCAUCACCGGCCUGCACUGCGUCUGGUGCCAAGUCACUCUCCACAACAAAUGUGCCUCCCACGUGAAGCCGGAGUGCGACGGGGGCCCACUGCGGGACCACAUCUUGCUGCCUUCCUACAUCUGCCCUGUCGUCCUGGACAGGCAGUCCCACUGCCGGAGAUCGGAGAGCGACUCCCCUGCUAGCACCAGCCCCGAGGACAACCAGGGCUUCAAGUUCAACUCCACCACGGUGGACGGGCAAGGUCUGCAGAUCAGCCCCCGGCCCGGGACACAUCCCCUCCUGGUGCUUGUGAACCCGAAGAGUGGAGGAAGGCAAGGGGAGCGGGUCCUCCGGAAAUUUCACUACCUGCUCAACCCACGCCAAGUGUACAACCUGGACCGCGGCGGGCCCGCCCCAGGGCUGAGCUUCUUUCGGGACACUCCGGAUUUCCGUGUCCUGGCCUGUGGAGGGGAUGGCACGGUGGGCUGGAUCCUGGACUGCAUAGACAAGGCGAACUUGGUGAAGCACCCACCGGUGGCCGUCCUGCCCCUGGGAACGGGCAAUGACCUGGCCCGAUGCCUGCGCUGGGGAGGAGGCUAUGAAGGAGGCAACCUGAUGAAGGUCCUGAAAGACAUCGAGCACAGCACGGAGGUGAUGCUGGACCGCUGGCAAAUAGACGUCAUUCCCAACGACAGAGAGACCAACGGAGACCCUGUCCCGUCCACCAUCAUCAACAACUACUUCUCCAUCGGGGUGGACGCCUCCAUCGCCCACCGCUUCCAUGUCAUGCGAGAAAAGCAUCCUGAGAAAUUCAACAGCAGGAUGAAGAACAAACUGUGGUACUUUGAAUUCGGGACAUCGGAGACGUUUGCGGCCACCUGCAAGAAGCUCCACGACUACGUUGAGGUGGAGUGCGACGGGACCCUGCUAGACCUGAGCAACGCGUCCCUGGAGGGCAUCGCCGUCCUCAACAUCCCCAGCAUGUACGGCGGCUCCAACCUCUGGGGCGAGACCAAGAAGCAGCGCGGUUACAACCGGCUGGGCAAGAAAGCGCCGGAGAAGCUGCACGCCACGGUGGUCACCGACGCCAAGGAGCUCAAGUUCUGCGUGCAGGAUCUCAGCGACCACCUCCUGGAGGUGGUGGGGCUGGAGGGCGCGAUGGAGAUGGGGCAGAUCUACACGGGGCUGAAGAGUGCUGGGAAGAGACUGGCCCAGUGUUCAUCCGUCACCAUCAGGACGUCCAAGCUGCUGCCCAUGCAGGUGGAUGGGGAGCCCUGGAUGCAGCCGUCCUGCACCGUAAAAAUUACACAUAAAAGCCAAGUGCCGAUGCUGCUGGGCCCUCCCCAGAAGAGCAGCUUCUUCUUCCUGAAGAGGAGAAACCGAACUCGAGAUUAAGCAGGGCGCAAGGAGCCGCGGCGCAGAGGCACCCGGCGUCCUGGACACCCGCCUGCUGUGGGGGUCCCCAAAUCCACGUUCAACGUGCGGGGAGAGAAAACACACACCCCACCCCACCCCAAGCCCAGCGGGGAUGAUUUGUUGUAGGAAGGUGCUGGAGGCUCCUUCCCAAAAACCACAAGCGUCUUCUCCAGGGGGGGAUGGAAGCGGUGGGCAAAGGCAGGCCGACGCACGGGGAGCGCGUUUGCCAGCGCUAGGACUGGGUUUUUUUCCCUUUAUUUAAAUAACACCCUCCCCUCUUCCGCCCGCCCCGGCAGAGCUGCAAACGAGCGCGCUCCUGAGAAAACGCCAAGCUUCACUUAUUUAUUUUUAAUCCUCUUGAAGGACACUCAAUGUUUUGCUGCACUGGCUUUCUGUCCACCAACCCUUGCACAUUGGAGAAGUUAUUUAUUUUCUUAGCCUAGAGGAGACGGUCUUUGCCAUGCCUUCGGCUAGUGCUUCUGGGACAGGUUUUAAGCCUUCGCUGCCAGCCCUGGGAGCCACAAGGCAUGGGACAGUCUGGGGACAGGCAGUGCCUGGGCUGUGGGGACAAGUGCAGGGUAGACGGGAAGAGACCAUCUUUGGACAUGGAAACGGCAAAAAUGGGAUUUUGGGAGGAGCUGCCGACCCUGGGAAACUCCCGCAUCCUGGCUCUGGGCCUCGUAGUCAUAUUUAUGUAUUUAUUUAGUGAACUCGGGGGGGGGUGUCACCUUCUUUUUAUGAGCCCAGGUUGGACGCGAACGCCUCCUCCCUUCUCUGCUGGCCGUCCCCCACGGCAUCUCCUUCCAUGUGGACUUUCCUCUCUCCUAAAGCCUGCCAGCCUGUGCCCAGGGGCUGGGGACACACGUCCAGAAACUCUUCUCACCUGGAAGUGUCCCCCUCACCUUUUCACACGUCUCCUCAUGUGCUUUGCCAGGCUCAUGCUCUCCCAGUGGCAUCUAGUGCUGCCUCCGAUAUGCACGGGCAGGUUUCGGUGGCAUCACCCACGUGUCCCCCACCAGAGCAUGGGAUGCAGCUUCUCCCCGGGAUGCAACCAGAAAACGGACGAAUGCUUGGAGGAGACGGUUGUCUCAAUGUGUGCCCCGCUUCACGGCAUUCCCAGGAGCCGGCAGCUGGCAGAACUGGCCCACAGGAAGGGCUGCUGGUUACUUCUGCAGGCACCCACUGCCUCCUCUGGUGGCCCUGUGUGGUGGGACGCUGGCUCCAGAAUCAGCCCCCGCUCCCCAGGCAGCUCCCUCAGGUCUGGCGGAGGCCCCCGUGCUGCUGGCAGGAAGCCGGGAGUGGCGUGUGCCCCAUGGAUGUUGCUGCAGGCAGGAAAACUGUUGCUUGUCCCUGCUAUGCCCAUGCCACAGGACAGGGACCCCUGGCUGUGAGAAGCCACCCUGUCCUCCCCGGUGACCCAGCACCCAGUCCCUCCUCAUGCUGCGGGUCCCCAUUCAAUAGCAUCCCCCCUGGCAGUGCAGAGGGUGCUGCCAUCAUUACGUUUCAGAGUGAACAGUGAGCUGAACAGUGUCCCUCCCCAGCGGAGAGGGACAGUGCUGUUGUGUGCCUGUUCGAGCUUGAGCUCAGGGCCAUUUCUGGUAGCAGCCAGAAAUGUGGGGCUCUGCUGGCAUGCGAGGAGGUGGCGGUGCCCCAAGGGAGCCCCAGCCGGGCUCCAGCCCACUUGUCCCUCUCCGCUGGGGCACAGGAGGGGGCUCUGGGGGGCUGCUGCAGCUCCUUGUCCUCCUGCCCUUGGUGCCAGCACUGGGCAGGGUGAGAGUGAACUGGGAAAGUGCCAGCAGCAGCCCAGAAGCCAUGAGGAAGGGGACCCUGUGCCACGGAGCAAGCGGGAGCAAGCACAGGCCCGGCCAGCUGGCACUGAGGUUGCCACAGCUCGCCGAAGCCGUGACCUGCGUACAGGGGCACACUCCACCUGCGGUGCACAGAUCCACCCUCCUCCUCCUCAUCACCCCGGGCGCCCGUUAAUGAGUAGCCAGGUGAAAGCGUACGGGAGCUACGCCAAAUAAACCCCAGGUCCCAUGGACCAGUGGCCUCCGUUUCCCCAGUCCCUCCCUGGUGGCCUCUGUGCCCUGCAGCCCCCGCGCCUGGGGAGAGGGAAAGGAAAAAAAAACCUCAACCGUCUCCAGAGCUUUGCCGGCAGGUGCGGCGAUGGGUUUGAUAUCAACACACAAGGUCAGUGGUGUUUACAGCAGCAGGUUUGGCUCCAUUUCCCUGCCCGCUCGGCCUUGGUCCAGUGUUUUAUCCCAGGGCUCUGGUCAGAAAGCGCCUGUAUGGAAUUAGCAAUGGUUUGGUUUUCACCACAGACCUGCUCCUUGCACCCUGUCACGGUUUGCUGGGCUCCGGGCAAAGAGCAGUGCUCGGGUCUCUGCUGUGGUUUGCUGCCGGUGCCGGUGGAGCUGAAGAAAGCAAGCGGGUGCCCGUGCCCAUGCCCGUGCCCAUGCCCACCCUGCCAGCAGAGCCACCAGCCCCACGUUUGAGCCCAAAGCCGGGCGAGGUCUGGGAGGAGCACGCAGACGCGUGUCUUGUAGGGCAUGGAAAGCCCAGGGCCACCACCCCGGGCUGGCAGGGCAAUGACACGCCAUCACUGCUCUGCCAAGAGUGACGGGCUCCAAUGGAGCCAUCCCCUUGUGAUGAUCAGUGAGAUGGUCCCUGCCAUCCCCCCGCCGGGGGACGCAGCUUCAGUCUGCUCCCCCCAUGCCAAAGCCAUGGUUCGAUGGGCCUGGCAGCUAACGACCUCCUUAGUCCAAUGGUGCAAAUGUCUUCAGCCCAGGAGGGGACCCACAGGGGCUGGGGUGCCAGCCCGGUUGUCCCCUGCUCCAGGGAGGAACACGCCAUGCAGCCGAGGGGCAUGCAAGGCUCUGAACCCCCCUGCCCCACCCCGCCUCGGUGUCUCCCCGCUCAGCCCUGUUUGUCCCCCAAAGGCCGUGGGAUGGAGCGGGAGCCCCCCAAACACUCCCCAGGCACCGGGGCCAGUGUGCCAGUGCCCCACCGAGCCGGCGCCAUGCUGGGGGACCCCCAAGAGCUGGGACACCCUAUUCCCGUGGGAUCCCCAGCCUGCCACCAGCCCCGUCCUCCCACUGUGUGCGUCGCCGUGGUUGCCUGCAUGGAAAUGGCGUCCGUAGCGUAGCGCGUGUUGCCGUGUACACCUGGACUGCUGUGGGCUUGCCUCAAAUAAAGAUGGUGAUGAAAUA